AUGAACGCCAGAGGGGCAAAGAAGUUGUCACAUGUAGCGCAUAGGAGUCUGCGUCCCUUGUCCAACACAUUGUUCACGGUCGGUAAGAAAACGAACAAGGUGGGGGAGGAGAGCGCCGAGGGCUCCUCUGUAAGCGCGGAGCAAGCGAGAGGCUGCCACCGAGCGCUGAAGUGCCUCAUCUUUGCUGGCCUUUGGCUAGGCUUCCUCGCGGCCCUUGCACUCACUAUAGUAGGCGUGUGGACACGCUGUCGCAACUGCCUCACCGUGGGUGUCAUCCUCGCUAUCGCCUGCCUUGGUGUGGCCAUCCACAACUGCCUCCGACGCGGUGAAGCCCUCCCUUCCAUCCCCAUCUACCUCGACGACGACAGCCAUCUCACUCUAGACUGCGAAGCCCUUGAGAUCUCCAAGUUGGAGGAGGAGGUGGCGGCCGAAGCGGAGGCUCAGGAGGCGAGGGAAAUGGAGGGAGGAAGAACCUCAAAAUGCAGCUCAAUAAACGCUACGGAUCUGGAUGAAAAUGGCGAUGUCAUCAGAGGCGGUAGAUUUCAAGAGUGCGAUAAAGACUUCAGUCUCAAUACUCAUAGGCAUGAAACCUAG